AUGCCACCCACGACAAACUCACAUGGGCGUUCUCACAGCCUCCUCCUGCUCCAGAGGCUUCUGAAUCUUCGCGAUGCUGCCAGCCCUCUGACUCUUCUUCUCGAUAACCUUGAACAGCCCGCUCGCCCAGUAAUCUCAGAGCUCAUGACAAGAGCAAAGCUGGCGAAAACGAAAGUCAUCUUCUUAUCCUUUUCUACACUCCGCAAGCCCCGAGAAGCAGACGUCUUCAUCAAAGCCACGGGAAAAGACUUGAACGCAGUGAGCCGAGAGCUUUUGUCACAUUAUCCUGCAUUUCAGCCAGCAGCCGUUAAGGACAAGACAGUCCAGAGAGCUGUCGUCUUCAUUGACUCAUUAAACUCACUUUCAUCGGCCGCUACUCAGUCACUGGCCGUCUUCUUAUCCAGCAUCAUCACACCGGUAGUUUCCAUCGUGGGCGUAUAUCACACCGACGUACCAAUCAUUCUACCAAAAUCGUUCAACGAAUACGAACCUCAUCCAUUUGCGCUGCUUAAUCACCUGGCGACGGCCAUUUUAACACUCUCAAAUCUACAGCAAGAAAUCGAGCGGCAAAAGGCACGCAACAGGAGUGUCGUAGAGCCAGAAUGGGGCCUCAAGGAAGAUCGCGAAGGCGUCCUCAUCGGCCUCACAGAAAAGAGCAAGCCUGAAGACCAGGGAGGCGUUGUCAUCAACAUGGAGCUCCGAAGGAGGAGCGGACGAGCCGUUGAUGAAAAGUUCAUUCUCAUGCCAUCCUCUGCGGCGGCGACAAAAUCUGGGCUGGGCAAGCUUUGUCUUCUUACGGACCAUUCCAUGUUUAAGAAGCCUGAUGCAGAGCAGGGCGAAGACGGAGAGGAGCAGCCCGAGAGCACAUUUAAUCUCGGCCUUACAGAGAAGCAACGGAAGGAUAGAGAGGGAAUUGUGCUACCAUACUUUGACGCCCAGACAGAUAUCGGAGCUGGAGAGGGAGGUAGGAUCCUGUACGAGAUGGGCAGGGAGGACGAUUUCGAUGACGAGGAGGAUGAAAUAUGA